AUGAAUAUAGAAUUAGAUUUAAAAAAAAAAAUUGAUAGUGUAAUAAUAAAUUUAGAUGGAAUUAACAAAAUAAAAAGAAAUAAUUUGAAUUUUAUAUUUGACGAUAUAAAAAAAAGCAAUAAUGUAGAAGAAUUAUUUUUUAAUAUAAAAAAGUGUAAUGAUAAAAUAAUUAAUUUAAAUAUUUUUGAGGGUGAUCCUAUCAUAAAAUUAAAUAGUUUUAAUAAAAAUGUAAUGGUAGAUUAUAAGCUAAAAGAAAGAAAAAAUAAUUAUAUGAUAGGAACAAAUGUUAAUAAUAGGGGAGAAAUUACUGCAGAUUUCGAAGUAAAUAUGCCUUAUAUAUUUAAAACAAUAAAUGGUGUUGAAUUAAAAGCGAAUAUAAGUAGUUUAUAUACUAAUAAUUUUUCUUUUCGUUUUAUAUUUCCUUAUUUAAAAUAUUUAACAAAUUAUAGACUAAUACUAGAAAGUAAUGUAAGCAGUUUAAAUAAUACAAAGUGCUCUUAUAUAACUAAAAUGAAUUCAAUUAAAACAUAUUUAUUAAAAAAUAAUCAUUCAUUUAUUUGGGAAGUAAAUUUUAACAAAAUACUUCACAAAAUAAAUAGGAAUUUCAUACCAUCUGAUAAAAUUUUAAAAUUAUGUGAUCAAUAUAUUAAAAAUACAAUAAAAUACAAUUAUAAAAAAGACAAAUUAAAUUACGUAUUAAAAAAUGCGAAGAAUGAUGAACUAAUGUGUUCACUUUACCCUACUUCUGGUUAUUAUUAUGAAAUAGAAAACGAAAUUUCCUUACCCUUUUGUGAAGCAAAAUUUUUUAAAAAUCACAUAAACUUUUUAUAUAUAAAAAAAAUAAUGGAAAAUUUUUUUGCUUAUCUUAAUAUAAGUAAUGGAAUGAAAUAUGAUUAUGGGAAAGAGAACUUUUCGUAUUUAAAUAAUUUUAAUUUUACUGGAAGCAUAGGAAGUUCAUUAGUAUUAAGAGGAUUUGAGUAUAGCAGCAUUGGUAGCGCGGAGAAAUGUUUUAAAUUUGAUAAAAAAAAAAAAAAUUAUGAAAUGAAUUAUAAUUAUUUAGGUGCUAAUUUUUUUUCCAAUAUUCAAUUUAUUUUUAAAUAUAUUUUAAAUUUUAAUAAUAUUAAUCCGAUAUUAUUUUUUUAUGUACAGUUAGGAAGACUAAGUAAUAAUUUAAUUCCUUCAUUUAAACAAUUAAUAAGUGAUACUAGAAUUUCAACAGGUGUUGGAGUAAUGACUUAUAUUCAAAAAAAUAUAUCCUUAGAAUUAUUUUUUUGUUUUCCUUUAUUGUAUCAAUUAACUGAUAAAAUCAAAUUUUUUCAAGUAGGUUUAAAUUUUAAAGGCAUUUUAUAA